GACUGUUAUCUCAGUAUCUCACAAGCCACUGCAGUGUCAACAGAGAGUGUGCUGCAGUUAUUGACUUGUAUAGGAAGAGGAACAACCCACAAUAGGAGGCACAUUGUAAACAUGACUUCAUCAAAUGUGGAGUUUUGGAAACUGGGAAAAAAAAUUGCAGGGGCAGGAUUAAACUACAAAGCACUUUGUUUAGAGCGGAAACUACCUAUUCCAAAAACACCAGUCAUAUUUUUGAAACCAACUUCAUCCUAUAUUAUUGAGGGUCAAAAUAUUGAGAUUCCAAAGGAGUUUGUUGUCAAAGAAGAAAUUGAGCUGGGUGUUAUAAUCGGAAAGAAGUGCAAGAACAUUAAACCUUCUCAAGUCGUGGACCACAUCAUGGGGUAUUGUUUGGCUCUGGAUCUCACUUCAACUAGCUUCUUGGAUGAAGCCAGAGCUAAAGGUCUACCAUGGGCUCUAGGCAAAGGGUUUGACACUGCUUGUCCAGUGAGCAGCUUCAUCCCCAAGGAAGCUAUUCCUGACCCGGACAAUGUCAACCUGUGGUGUCGGGUCAACGGAGAGUUGAAGCAGGAUGCCAACACGUCAGAUAUGAUUUUCUCUGUCGGGGAACUCAUCAGCUACAUCUCCAGCCUCAUGACUCUGGAGCCCUACGACCUCAUACUCACAGGAUCUUCCAAGGGUGUGGCUGAGAUCAAACCUGGUGACAUUGUGGAAGGAGGACUAGAACACUUGGUCAAGUUUAAAUUCCCUGUUAAAUCUGCCUAAUGCCUUAUUGUAUUAUUUGUUAAUAUUAAAUUGUUCUACUUUUUGUUUC